AUGACUGAUAAGAGGAAUCGAUUUUUGGGCAGUAAGAAGGAGGUGGAAUUAAAGCUUGUUGCCUCUGAAAGUUCUACUUUUGAUCUCUCUUCUCAGGUGGAGAAGAUGGUAGAGGAGAACAAGGCCCUCUUCCUUAAAGUUUCUGAGCUCUCUACUGCUUUGAACAAGAAAGAGUCUAAACUCUCUGAUGUCUUGAAAGAGAAAGAGUCUGAUCUUGCUAAUGUUGUCAAAACUACUACUAGUGAGAAAGAUGAAGCUAGUUAUGAGAUCACUAGUGCUGCUGGGGUGGAUCCUAGAGACCAAGCCAAGUCUGAGAUCGAAGCAAAGACUCUUGCAAAGGACCUGGCAAAGGAGAGCCUUCUAGUUGAGGAAGCAGAGCUAUACCCUAGUUAUAUGGGGUGCCUUAAUUUGCUAAUGAACCCUUGGGGUUCAAUCCGAGCUAGUCUUGAUGCCUUAUACUGUCAAUGA